AUGGGUCGCUAUCAGGGUCUUAUUGCUUGGUCUAUUUGGCUGGCCUCGCUUGCAGGAGUAGAGGCCAAGCUGGACUUGAACUCGACUAGCAACAUUGUUGUUUACUGGGGUCAGAAUUCGUUUAAUGGAAAGGGAGAUCAGGCACAGCAGCCGCUUGCAUACUACUGCGACAAUAAGGACAUUGAUGUGAUACCAAUGGCGUUCAAUAUGAUGGUAAAUGGCCCAGGAGGCGCUCCAGAGAUUGAUUUCGCUGUUACCAGCAAAGACUGCGAGGUCUUCCCAGGCACCCAGUUGAAAAACUGCCCUGCAAUUGGCAAGGAUAUCAAGACAUGCCAAUCAAAGGGAAAGACGAUUCUUCUUUCAAUUGGUGGAGCGACCUACAGCGAGGGCGGCUUCAAGUCUGAACAAGAAGCCAAGAGCGGUGCGAAAUUAAUGUGGGAAACCUUUGGGCCCAAGCAGGAGGGUUCUAAAGCGCUUCGUCCUUUCGGUGACGCCGCCUUAGACGGCUUCGACUUCGAUUUUGAGGCCAAUGUCCAAAACAUGGCCAUCUUCGCCAACGAGCUGCGAGCACUGAUGAAGGCAGACAAGAGCAAGCAGACGUUCUAUUUGACAGCAGCACCACAAUGCCCUUACCCCGACCAGGCAGAUAAAGAUAUCCUCAACGGCCCUGUAUACAUUGACGCGAUCUGGGUACAAUUUUACAACAACUAUUGCGGUGUCAACAGUUUCAACAAGGACAUCUCAAGCAGCAAAUACAACUUCGAAGAGUGGGACAACUGGGCUAAAACGGUGUCUGUCAACAAAAAUGUAAAGGUCAUGAUCGGCGUGCCAGCAUUCACGACAGCAGCUAGCACGGGAUAUAUCCCGGCGUCCGAGUUGGCGAAGGUGAUUGAAUACACGAAGAAGUUUGAGAGUCUCGGGGGUGUUAUGAUGUGGGAUGCCACGCAGGCAUACGGCAACAAUGGGUUUAUCAAGGACGUGCGGAACAGCCUGGGCCCUGCGAAUGAUUCCGGUUCGUCGUCGCCCGAUCCGGUGUCAACCUCGGCACCUACUUCUACGUCCACUGACUCAACGAAGACUUCAUUAUCUUCCAAUGCACCCGUUUCCUCACACUCAUCUUCCUCCUUCUCAUCUGUUUCUGCUUCGCCCAAGGAGGAUGAAGAUAUCAAGGAACACAACCCCGCCGGUCCGACCACCAUUGGUACUGCCUUUAUCACCACCAUCACCGUCGAGAACGGGCACGUCGCUACAGCUACACCUGAGGCAACUGCGGCUCCCACCUCGAGUGAGGACGACCCGAAUAAAAACCAUCUUAGCACAAUCAUCGGCAACGACCUGCUUGGUUUGCUUGGUGGUAUCCGUAAGGCGAACAUAGUUGCUGGCAACGUCGCCCAUUCUCUGAUCGGCCUCCGGCAUGCUCGGCGCAAUCGUAUCUGA